GAGUGCAGUGGCGCAAUCCUGGCUCACCUCAGCCUCUGCCUCCUGGGCUCAAGCGAUCCUUCCACCUCAGCCUUCUGAGUAGCUGGGACUACAGGGAAUACAGUGAGUAACCUGAUUAUGAUCAUACCUCCAAUUUGGGGUGCAAUUCAGAGUGUUAGAGAUGGUCUGGAAAAGCGGUACAUUGCUGCUUAUUUAGCACUCACAGUGGUAGGAAUGGGAUCCUGGUGCUUCCACAUGACUCUGAAAUAUGAAAUGCAGCUAUUGGAUGAACUCCCAAUGAUUUACAGCUGUUGCAUAUUUGUGUAUUGCAUGUUUGAAUGUUUCAAGCCCAAGAACUCAGUAAACUACCAUCUGCUUUUUACUUUAGUUCUAUUCAGUUUAAUAGUAACCACAGUUUACCUUAGGGUAAAAGAGCCUGUAUUCCAUCAGGUCAUGUAUGGAAUGUUGGUCUUCACAUUAGUACUUCGGUCUAUUUAUAUUGUUACAUGGGUUUAUCCAUGGCUUAGAGGACUGGGUUAUACAUCCUUGGGUAUAUUUUUAUUGGGAUUUUUAUUAUGGAACAUAGAUAACAUCUUUUGUGAUUCACUGAGGAACUUUCGAAAGAAGGUACCACCUAUCAUAGGCAUUACCACACAGUUUCAUGCAUGGUGGCAUAUUUUAACUGGCCUUGGUUCUUAUCUUCAUAUCCUUUUCAGUUUGUAUACAAGAACACUUUACCUGAGGUACAGGCCAAAAGUGAAGUUUCUCUUUGGCAUCUGGCCAAUGAUCCUAUUUGAGCCUCUCAAGAAGCACUGAUGAAUUAUUCCACCAAGAAAACAAAAAGAACCUACCAUAAGCCUGGCAGAACAAAUAAGGAAAUUAAAGAUCUACAAGUUCAAAUUUGCUAUGAUCAUCCCAGCAGAACAACUUUCUGAUGAAUGCUGCCUGCCACACAGACAAUGAGGAAUGGGCCUGUUGGGUGUUAGCUCAUGGCUUUAUCUCAUCUGUCCUCUUCCUCCUCUCCCCUUAAGAUGUUUAUAAAGAAAGAUGUGUACGUAUAAUCUCAAAUCCAGAAAACACUGGGCUUUUCUUAACAGGUUUACAAUUUGUGCUGGUUACAGGAAAUUACCCUUUUCUCUUUUUGACAAGGAAGGGUUGCAUGUGAAUCAUACCUUAACAUUUAACUAAUGCAAACAGUCAGCUAAGGACUGGCAGAACCCCAUAUCCAGAUGGUUAGCUGUGAGCCAGCGCUCAGCUGUGUCAGCCUUGAUUUAUAUUGUUGUCGUAUUAACCUAAUGGAUGGUUUUUCAGGGUAAAAGCGCUAGCUGUGGGAUUCUGCAUAACUCUUCGCUGUCUGUCCCAGUGCUGGUCGGAGUGUCAUAAGCAAGCUCAGACCUGCCACUGGUUCCAUACUUGUCAUGUUCCAGUAUUUACAGUGAGCUCUGGAGUGUCUGUGAAUGGCCAGUCAGAGUGAAUGGGUUGUCCUAUCCCCCUUCUGAAGCCCCAUGAGUCUGUGGCCACUUCAGCCAGCUAAUAAAAGUGGUUACCCUGUUUCCUUUGA